AUGGAGGGCGAGCUGUGCACCGCCUGCUGGACGGGCAACCUGCAGCUGCACGAGGGCAUGCUGGUGUGCGACGUGUGCGGCAGCAUACACCAGGGCUUUGCGGAGGAGACUCAGGAGUACCAGACAGGCAUCAGCGAUGCGCGCUUCUUCAAGAAGUCGGAGGGGAUGAAGGCCAAAGCAAAGGAUGCCGCCGCCGCCGAGGCGGAGCCGCCGCCGCCGCCGCCGGUGGAAGCCGCAGUGCGGGCGUAUGUGGGGGCCCUCCAGCAGCUUCUGCAGCGCCAGGCGCAGGUGCUGAUUGCCACACUCGGUAUGGACCCAGGGCUGUCGGGGGUGCUGCGCCAGCUGUGGCUGGCCCACCUGGCGCACAGCCGGCUGCUGGAGCCCGCCACUAUUCUCAAGCUCGAGGUGCUGGCAGGGCCAGGCGGCGGCGCGCCCGCCGCCACCGACGGCAGCGAGGGCGAGGAUGGCGGCAUCGACGGCGGUGGCAGCGGCGGCGGCGCCAUGCCUGGCCAGAUGACGUUUGGGCGGCGGUCGCUGCGCAUCCAAGCAGAGCUGGCGCCGGCCCUGCACCCGCGCCACACCCUGGCGCUGCUGCUGCUGGCCUGCUGGUGCCAGCUGGAGGCGGCGGGCCCUCUGGACGUGCUUCGGUGGGCGCUGGAUGGGCGGCUGCCGUAUGUGGCGUUUGCGGCGGAGGAGGGGGCGGUGCUGCAGCAGUACCGCAACAUCCUGGGAGGGGAGCUCAUCGCCGUGCGAGGCGUGCCCUCGCCCAAGGCCCUCCUCCUGAAUGCCUCCACCAUGGGGAAGCGUCUGGGCCUGGCCUGCCCGCCGCUGAGCCCCGCGCUGUGGCUGGCCAGAUACCUUGCUGACCUGGAGCUGUCGCAGGAGCUGCUUCCGGUGGCGCUGCAGCUGCAUGCCCUGUACCAGCCGGCGCCGCUGGUGCCCACCGAGGGAGAGCGGCCCGGGCGGCACCCUUGGGCGCUACUCAUGGCAUCCCUGGUGGUAGCAGCGAAGCUGUGUUACGGCGUGGGGGGUGGUACUCGCAGCAUGCCGGGGCUGCCGUUGCCGCCCGAAUGGGCAGACUGGGCGCCGCGCCAGCUCAGCCGCCUGGGCAGCGCAGCCCAGCUGGACGAGUCGCAGUUCCGGGCAUACAUGCAGUAUCUGCAGCGCGGGCUGCUGGCCGACUGUGGACCGCCACCCGAUUUGGAGACUGCUCACCAGCUGUUCCAGCGCAUGGCGCUGGUUGACGGCGUUGGGGCGGGUGGCGUCAGGCAGGGCGGCAGCGCAGGCAGCGGUGCAAGGCACGCCCUGCAGCGGGAGGCUGACCGCCAGCAGCAGCAACAACAACAGCAGGAGCAGCUGCAAGAGCACCGUGCACAGCAGGAGCAGCCACCGAGCCACGCAUACCCCUUUUUCGGGGCGUCGGUGUGGCACAAGCACCGGGGCAUGCUGCCAGCUGAUUAUGUGCUGCUGCUGACGCCCUGCGCGGCACUGGUCUGGCUGGUGCCUGAGGCGCUGCAUGAGUUGGUGAGCGGGCUGGAGCAAGCGAUGAUUGCCGCCGAGUGCGAGAUAUCUUUUCUGUACAAUUCUGAGGACCAGGCGCGGUUGUGGAAGUGUAGAGAGGAGGGUUGUUUUCGAUAA